UCAGCUUUUUCACGCCUAUUCUCACCCUUCGUGACCCUUAUUUUGACUCUUCUGACCCGUUCAAGCUUUUUCUCUUUCAAAUACGAUGGAGAUGGCAUUGGGAAGAUUCAGGCUUUGGCGAUGAUUCUUAAGGAGAAUAUCGAUCAUGUGCGGUUGGAUUUUGAUAGGGCCGAAAUAGUCUUUCUGGUGGAUGCAUCAUCCUCCGUAGGCGAGGAAAAUUUCCGAAGCGAAUUGAACUUCGUCCGGAAAUUACUAUCUGAUCUUAGGGUAGAACACACAGCGACAAGAGUUGCGGUCGUAACUUUCGGGGGAAAAGGCAUCUCGAGGAACAUUGAUCAGAUUACGUCCGCCGAAUUCGCUGGGGACAAGUGUCGAUUGUUGAAUGAAGAGUUGAGAAAGAUCAACUAUACUGGAGGCGGAACUUAUACGAAAGGAGCACUUCUGGAAGCUGUAACAAUUCUCAAAAGAAGUCGGGAAGACACUAAGAAGGUGGUAUUCUUAAUUACUGAUGGAUUCAGUAAUGGAGGAGACCCGAGACCAGUCGCGGAAAUAUUGAAAACCCUGGGAGCAGUGAUAUUAACCUUCGGUAUUCGAACCGGAAAUGUCGAAGAACUUCAUGAUAUAGCCAGUGAGCCUGGUUACACCCACAGCUAUCUUCUCGAUUCGUUCAAGGAGUUUGAGACAUUGGCGCGACAUGCACUUCACAGAGACUUGAAGGAAGGAAAAUACGUUAUCUUGAAAUCGAGAAAUCUAUGUCAAAUCCUUUGCAAAAACACAUCUAACAUAAUCAAUGGAAGCUGUUGUAAUGAUCUAGCUGAAUGUGCGUGCGGUACCACUAGUGGUCAUUACGCCUGGCUCUGUCCGGUUGGAUAUUAUGGGUCUGGACUCAGAGGAAAUUGUUACCCCUGUCCAAACCGCACCUACGGGUACUCAGAAACCCCAGGGGACUCCUUCUCCAACUGCCAUCCCUGCCCUAGUCCCAACCACAUAACCCUGAAAACCCCUGCCACUUCCCCUCACGACUGCAUUUGCGCCUCAGGCUUCAUUUCAAAUGGCCCUACAUGUCAACCGAUCACCUGCCCCAAGCUGAAGGUUCCUGAGAAUGGUUACCUAGUAAAAGCGAAUGCCUGUAACAAUAUGGUGAACGCAGUCUGCGGUCUUCGCUGUAAGAUUGGCUUUAAACUGAUUGGAGACAGCAUAAGACUCUGCGGAAGGGACGGCAAUUGGUCAGGAAUAGAAGCCCAAUGUCUCCUGAAGACAUGUUCAGUGUUGAAAGCACCGCCUAACGGGGAAGUUGAAUGCGAGUAUGACGAAGAGUAUGCGAACCAGAAAUUUCCGAAACUUGACGCUUCUGCAAUGCCGAUCGACACCAAGUGUCAAUUCAAAUGCAGUCAGGGGUAUCAGCUGCUGGGCAGCAAAGUCAGGAAUUGUCUUCCUGUCUCUAGGUGGGAUGGGCUUAAGGUGACAUGCAAACAGAUCAAGUGUGAAUCGUUGAAGAACAUUGCUCAUGGACUCGUCACACCUGAUACCUGUCUAUCUAUGAAGAAGCUACCUUUCGGAACUGUCUGCAAUGUGUCUUGCGAAGAAGGCUUCGUUCUUCAGGGACCAGCGGUCAGAAAAUGCACGGGAAACAACGCAACGGGAGGAUUGUGGAGUGAGAGACACAGUGUUACUAAGUGCGUUGAUAAGACACCUCCGGUGAUCAGGUGUUCUUCUAAUUCAACUUGGAAAACUGCACCUGGGAAAAGAUACUCUUUGCCCAGAUGGGAGGAACCUCAAGUGAGUGAUAACAGUGAUGAGAAGGUGCAAGUUUGGACGAAACCACAUUUGAAGUUUCCUUGGAAGGCGAAAAUUGGACUGCAGGUGGUGACUCACGUCGCGCAGGAUGCCGCGGGGAAUCGUGCCAGGUGCAGAUUUAGUGUCGAAACUCUAGAUGAAGAACCACCUCAAGUUCAAAACUGCGGAAGCUUCUUUCCGAUCGGCACGACCAGCGUCACCUACACCGCGAGGGAUCUCAGUAAAAAUAUCCUCCAAUGUGUCAUAAAUAUCACAGUGCAGAACGUCUGCGAAGAACCCCCUCCCUUAUCAAACGGUCACUUGACUUGCGAGGAAUCAUCCUCCGACGGUGCUCAGUGCGUCAUCACCUGUGACGAGGGGUACGUCUUUCCCCUGACACCUUCAGCUAACGCUAUGGACCAAGUUGUCCUCUCCUGCAGUGCCCAAAACAUCUGGAACCACUCCCUACCGUCAUCCUGUUUGAUAACAGAGAUUCCAGGAUCGGUCGAAUCCACAGGAACUAUCAUCCUGGAAUCCUCAGAGAUCUGCUCGAACUCUUCUCUCCUUGAAUACCUGAAAAUCAAAAUCCAUCAGGAUCUAGCCACCAACCUCCCUGAUCAAUGUUCCGCCAACGGCCUCGACUGCCACCCCUCCUACCUAGACCUGGACUGCACGGAAUCCCUUCCGGCGACCACCAAAAUCCUCAGGAGGUCUCUCCCCUUCAGACCGGCGAAGCGAAGACGCGAUAGGAUCGAGAUAACUUUUCGAAUCCUCAGUCGAAUCAUCUCGGAACAUCGAAGGGACCCCGAGGGGGGCAUCCAGAGGCUCCGCAAUGAGCUUCUGAGCCUGACGAGAUCAGGCAAAUUAAACCUUUUAAACGAGAAGACCAACCAAGAGAUAGCUAACUUAGUACUGAACCUGAAGACUCUGUUUGACACUGAUAUCAAGAAUGUCUGUGACCCCGGGAAGGUCAUGAGAAGGUUCAAGUGUGUUAAAUGCCCCAUGGGGACUUUCCAUAAUGUCAACCGGGGGUCCUGCCAAGCCUGCAAACUGUCCGAGUACCAGGAUAAUCCCGGUUCGACUUUCUGUCAGAAGUGUCCAAGAAGCAUGUCGACGAGGAGAAUGCACUCGACCAGUCGACAUGACUGUGUGAAUACCUGUCAACCAGGAUAUUAUUCUAGACGAAGAUAUCACAAGGAUCAGAGGAUGUCUCUGGAGCCUUGCACCCCCUGCGGCAUAGGAUUCUAUCAGCUUCUCCAGGGGGCGACAGCAUGUGCCAUCUGUCCCACCAACACUACGACAGACUUUCCAGGAUCUGUGGACCUCCAACAAUGCAGAUCGAUCGAGCCUCCUGACCCCUGCGAACCCGACUCCUGCCUUAAUAAUGGAACCUGUAUUCCUGGAGGGUUUGGUUUCUGCUGCGAGUGUCUACCUGAAUUUACCGGAUCGCGAUGUGAAAGCAUCAGAAACUUCUGCGAGUCGUCACCGUGUCUGAACGCAGGGACCUGCCAGUCCAUCGAGACAUCUUACGUCUGUAGUUGUCCUGAAGGCUUCACCGGCUUCACCUGCGAGACCUACAUCGACGAGUGCUCGUCCAACCCCUGUCAGGAUAACUCAACCUGCAUCAGCACGGAAACAGACUUUCAUUGCCACUGUCUCGACAACUUCGGAGGUGAAUUCUGUGAGAUUUCCUUGGAUCUCUGUCAACCAGGCACCUGCGAGGAAGGCUCCACCUGUAUCAUCAUUAACAACACCUGGACCUGCCUCUGCAAGCCAGGAUUCCUCGGUCGUCACUGUGACCUCGUCCCUUGUGACUGGUUACCCUGUCAUCCAAACGCUAUGUGCAUCGAUCUCGGGGAGAUCAAUGCCACUCACGACUCCUUCAGGUGUGAUUGUCCACCUGGAUUCCAGGGGGAGAACUGUCUCACCAGAAUCGACCACUGCGACAAUUCCCCCUGUCAAAAUUCAGGGAUCUGCAUCAACAAUCUAACUAAUUUCACGUGUAGUUGUCCGCUGGAAUAUGAUGGUCUCACCUGCGAAGUUAAGUUAUCUUCAGACUACUUACUGACCUUUGUAGAGCCUGGAACGACGAAUUUUGUCCUGCUUGAUGGACCCGAAGAGGAUCUACGAGAAUUUACCAUCUGCCUCUAGAUCCAGUCGAGGGAUACCUUCAAUUACGGAACUGUCUUCUCUUAUGCAACAGCAGGUGAAGAGAACAACAUCACCUUAACCGACUACAAUGGACUGGUUAUCUACGUUAAUGGAGAGAAAGUGAUCACGGAUAUCAGCCUGAAUGAUGGAUUCUGGCAUUUCGUAUGUGUAAUUUGGGAGAUCGAAGGAACCUGGUCUAUCUACGUUGAUGGAGUGCUUGAGGAGCACGGUCAGGAUCUCUCUUCAGGGUUUUUCAUCCCUGCAAAUGGAACUAUUGUGAUCGGGCAGGAGCAGGAUUAUCUCGAGGGGGGUUUCUCAGCGUCUGAAUCCUUCCUGGGGAUGCUGACUCUGCUGGAUGUGUGGAAAACAGCUUUAGAUGAGAAUAUCGCUCAGAGCAUGAAGGAGCACUGUGAGGAUUACUCAGGAUCGUUGAUCCCCUGGUCUAUUAUGAGAAAACGUCUCCAUGGAAAUGUGAGGAUUCUGGUGAGUCCGUUCUGCCGCGGAUGUACGUCACCACCAGCUCCUGCGAGGGGAUACGUUAAACUGAGUGAAGAUGGACUGAAUGCUGUGUAUUUUUGCGAACGUGGCUAUCAGUUCCCCAGAGGUCGAGUCCUCGGCAACUCGUACUACUUCAACGACGAGAUCUUCUACACCUGCGAGGAGGGCUACGAUCUGUGGGGAAAUCCCCACAGGGUCUGCAGCGCAGACGGCCGCUGGACCGGCCGCCCUCCGAUCUGCAUCGGCGUCACCUGCAAGAACCUCCUGGCACCAGUGAACGGAGACAUCGAGUAUAUCAUCGAGGAACAUGAGCGAGACGACAUCACCAUCCUUCAAGUUGGUCAGCAACUAGACUUCAAGUGCAAUCCUGGGUUUAAACUCGUGGGGGAGAGGAUUCUAACGUGCUCUGAAAACGGUUUCUGGGACCACGAGGUGCCUGAAUGCAUCUCCAUGGGCUGUCAUCUACCAACAAUUCCUGUUGUCAUCCUCAAUGUCAGUUUGGAGAUCUCCAAUGAGACCUUUUUCGUACAUGAUGAGGUGCUCGAGGUGUCCUGCGCCCCUGGAUUUCCCUUUAGAGAUGCUUUGCAGAAGCACUUCCUGAAAUGUUCUCAGGAUGGCACCUGGAAUUCCACCUCUGAUUGUCGACCCGCCAGGUGUCCAAGACCUACAAUCCCUCAUGGGGAGAUCGUAAAUCAUAUUGAAGACGCUGCACCUGGAGGAAACCUGUCCUUUCAAUGCGAGGAAGGUUUCAAAGCCCUUCCAGAAGAGAUCGUCUGUAAGGAUGAUGGCACCUGGUCGACGACCCCUGAAUGUCGACCAUUGAAGUGCCCCGGGGUCUCGAUCCACCCGAUAGCCUCUCUCUUCAUCAACAAGUCAUUAUCAACGAGAGUUGAUCAGUUCACCCUAGCCAUCGAGGGGGACAAACUCGGGGACAAUUUGAUGCUUCGUUGCAGAGACGAGUCAAAGCAGCUGAUUGUCAAUGACACGAAGUAUCAGAACGUCUCCUGGAGGUGUGGGGAGGACGAAGAAUGGAUACUUCAGCCCCUCCCAGGGGCUUUCCUCGAUGACGAGGGGUUGAAGAAGUUGUUGCUGACUGAGGAUUUGUGCGAGGGGAGGUGUCCACCCCCUAUGGCUCCAGCAAACGCUGUUCUAGUUCCCUCGAGUAUCACUGAGUGGAGGGUCAACGUGACUGUCAAUUAUGUCUGCAAACCUGGGUUCGUCCUCCAGGGGCUGGCGACAGCGACCUGCACCCCCUCAGGAACUUUGUCUGGGCUGUCUCUCUGCAGACCCAUUGAAUGUGACGAUCCCCCGAAGGUGACGAAUGCUGAGGUGAUCCUGGGGUCCAACCAUUCUCAUCAUGCUGUCGGGGAUGUGGUGACUUAUCAGUGCCUUCAGGGGUUCAGGAUGUUUGGGCAGAGGAGCUCGAAGUGCCUGGAGUCCUCUAAAUGGAGCAGGGUCCAAGGACAGUGUUCGAGGAUCUCCUGUGGGAAACCAAAGGUUUCGGAGGGGGUGAAACUCGAAGGGAAGUCUUAUCUUUACAUGGAGGAACUGGGGUAUGACUGUGGGGGCGGGAGGAAGGGGGUGAUGAAGUGUCUGGAGGAUGGACUUUGGAGUGGAAUUCCUGAUUGUUGA